AUCAGUAAGCAACUGUUAGCAAAAGUUGAGAAAAAUGCGUUUCUUCAUUGGAACUCUUUCCGUUUUGGUGUUCGCUGCGGCCUUUGCCAAUGCUUCUCCUGUCGAUAUCACUGAUAUUAUAGAGGAUCCUAUCGGAACUGUCGUUGACACUGUGGGCGACGCUAUUGAUACCUUAGCUGAUGCCAUCGAAUCUGCUAUCAGUCUUGUAGCGGGUGGACUUGCAGCUGCCGUCACGGUCCUCGCUCUAGCUGCUGGAAUCAUCUUGGUGACUAUCGUGAGCACCGUCGGAGAAAUCGUGAUAUUCGUCCUCAACGCCCUUGGACAGAUCACUGAUAUCCUGGGCAACACCGUCGCAGAUAUUUCAGCCGAACUUCAGCUUGCCCUGCAGAUCGUAACCCUUGUCCUCGCUAUUCUUGGUGUGACUAUCCCAGCAAUUCUCAACGGUAUUCUCACCGGUCUCGUUGAUACUUUGGCCGGUGCCUUGACUGGAAUUCUGCCUUCUCUGCCUUAAGGACUUUUAAGAGAAAACUCUACGCAUUUGAGGAAGAACUGGAGCCGUUAUUCGAAAUGUGAUAUGCGCAUAUUACAGGAUUUGUUUUUAGUAAUAAAUAUUAUUGUGCAAUUUAAAUAAG